AUGGAGUCAUUGAACUUGGACAGCCUCAACUCCGACAGGCAGCCGAGACGAAGCGUGCGCCGGCUUCGGGCAUCUCCGACAAGACUCGGAAUUUAGAAAUGCAGAGCCGAAGUACGAGCGCCUGUGGUGCCCGCGGCAAGAGCGGACAGUGUGGAGAGCUCGAACAGCCAACGCCGGGGGGCUUCGCAUUGCAGAAGGGCAGGCGGUGAAAGCAGGCACGCUGGACAUCCAAGGCACAGCUAAACUCAUCUGCUUUUGGGCGUUGAUAAAAUGACUUUCACCUGGGAAUUUCUGUGCAAGGAGAAAACCUAACAAGUGAGAAGAAAUCACGAAAAGAAUGGCCAUUGGCACUGCGGGAAAGUCACUGUUGUCGGUAACAGAAGCCAGCUGGGCCUGUGAGAGGACACUGCUUUACCGUUGGGAGUCUUUGCUUAGGCAGCAUGGGUUGGUGGGUCGGCAGAAGACAGUCUGCAGUUAGUUCUAGACACCAACCCCGUGAAAACUCCAGCGUCAUGUUUUAUGGGUCUUCAGCCAGCAUGUCCCUUCCUUCUAAAAACAAGCUGAAGAGACAAAGUCGUACUUUUACUCAAGUCCUUUACCGAACCCUGAGUUAUCGUGACCGGCGAUCUGUUGCUGACAUCCCCAACCAAGUAGCUGAUGACCCUGCUGAGCUAUCCACACAGACAUCUGCACCCGGAGUUCUCAAGAUAUUUGGUGAUGAAAUCUGUGCUGGAGCCAAUUACAAAAGUGUUCUGGCCACUCCCCGUUCAAGCGCUCAAGAACUUGUGAAGGAGGCCUUGGAGAGAUAUUCCUUGAGCAAAGCUGCAGCGAGUGAGUACUUGCUAUGUGACGUUAUUGGGAAGUUUGAAGGUGCAGAGAAAAAGUGGAGGACUGAGUGCCUUAGAGCUCUUGGGGACAAUGAGAAACCCCUCCUCCUCCAGGAUUUGUGGAAGCCCAAAGAGGGAUUUGCACGUAGGUUUGAGCUACGGAAACGAGCUGAUGUGGAAGAGAUGGCUUCUAAGGAGAUUGAUACCAUCACAGCAGGACCUUUCAAACUCCCUCACCUUAUAGUGACACCACCAAGUGAAACAGAACAUGAAAACGCUGGAAUAUCAGCAAUCUACAAGCAUAUGCUAGUGCCCCCUAAUGUUUCAACAGCAUACUCUGGCUUCACAGACAUUAAUGCACAAGCUAGAAAGCUACAGAGAAAUCGGGCAAAGGGAGCAACCUCUCUGACAUCAGGAACCACAUUCUGCCGCAGUUUGAGUGAAACAAGUCUUAACUUGGUGGGCAGCCCUGCGGAUGAGCCCAAGCGAUAUUAUUCCACGCUUCCAGGACCACUACGAGGAAGAUAUGGGAAAGAGGGCUCUAUCUGCAGUAGAAAAAAAGAAGAGAGGGAGAGUGGAGGUGUCCGACACUCACUUUACCACUCACCACAUCUUCUGCUUCUCCAAGGGUACAGCCAGCGGAAUGACUGCUUAGUGUACCUAUUAAAUCGAGACCAGCACACUGUUGGCCAAGAGACAUCAUCAGCCCGUCCCAACAUAUGCCUCUCCUCACCAGAUAUACUGCCUUUGCACUGCAAAAUCAAGAAGAUUCAAGUGCUGAAAAGACUCAGUCAGACUGUAGAGGAAAGGCUUGUAAUGGAACCACUACCACAUGCCAGCAUUCUAAUAAACUUUUCGAAGGCGGAGCACACUACACCUUUGCGCCAUGGUGACCUGCUCUCCUUUGGUGCUCAUUAUAUAUUCCUCUACAAGGAUCCAGUCAGUGCUAAGCCUCUUCCAGCCCAGACACUUGCCAGGUUGAAAGCACUGAGCCAGCUGCCAGAUGGAGAAGUAGAUCAAAUUGCACCUUUUGCCUGUAAGGUCUGUGGGGCUGUAAUUAAAGAAAAACAGCAAUUGCGCAAAGGCUUCAAAACUAAUCUAAACAAAAGUAAAAACCUUCAGAGAAGGAAGCUGCAUCUGGAAUUUGAGAAAGUCCAUGAAGACGAAUUGAUCGGGAGAAUUAUAUCUCUUAUUGAGCCAGGUGGGGAUGACCACAAAUUGACUCCAGCUUACCUGCUCUGUCUGUGCAUCAAGCACUCAGCCACAGCCUUCGAGGCAGGAAGCUUUGGGAAGCUUCUGCUAAAGAUUGUGAAAAGGAUACAGUCUAUAGCCUGGGAGAAGACAAAGGAGUUGGCAGAAAAGCAAUCUCAGCAUCAGGAUCCUGCUUCUUUGUCCCUCCUAAGUAUAACAGAUUUGGUCCCAGAUCUACAGCUUAUUGUCUUUUGGAUGGCAAACAGUAUUGAAAUCCUGUACUUCAUACAGCAAAAGACUCCGGAAUACAUGCAAGGCAUUGAAGAUGUUAAAGGGUCCAAAGAAUCUCUUCUUUCCACCACAAUAUCCGCUAACGAAGAAGCCAUGACAAUUCUGGAAGAAGUCAUAAUGUACACAUUCCAGCAAUGUGUAUAUUACAUUACAAAAUCUUUAUAUGUUUGCUUGCCUGGAUUGCUGGAGUGUAACCCCUUCUUGACUGAGGCCACUGACUCCUCCUGGAGAAGUUCUGCUAGUGUCCCUGAAGCGGUUCGAAAAGUGGUUUUGAUCUACCAGACCACUCUAGACCUCCUGCAGCAGUAUGAGGUGCACAUGGAGGUGCAGUCCCAGAUGUUUGCUUACUUAUUUUUCUUUACCAACGUGUCACUUUUCAAUCAGCUUUUAGACAAAGGUCCUAUGCGGGGCUGGUUUCAGUGGUCACGUGGCAUUCAAAUCCAGGGUACUUUGAGAAUGCUGGCUGAUUGGGCAAGAAAUGCAGGACUAUCACAUUUAGCAGAUGAUUUCUUUGCAAAGUUUUCUGCUACUGCAAACAUACUGGCCACACCAAUGCUUCAGUUAAUCCAGAUGAGUUGGAAGUGUCUGUGUACCGAGUACCCAUCUCUUACACCUGCCCAGAUACACCAUCUUUUAGCGCAUUACCAGCUAUCAAGUGAUAUUGGGCCCAUCCCUGCAUGGCAUCCGAAUCCUGACGAGGAAGCACAGAUUUACAGGACAGGGGAUCUUCUAGAGAGUUUUGAAAACCAUCCACCUAUUGUCCUGCCCAGCAGUGGGUUCAAAGUGAAUCUGGAAUCUGACUGCGUGGAUGAUAAUAUCUACAGACAAUUGCUGUACGUACGUCACUUCCUCUGGGGCAUCAAGACCAGAGCUUCACCGUCCAAUGGAAAUUCAGAUAUGCAGGAGCUGCCGAAUGAAAUCCCAGGAUUUCACAGCAGCCUAAAAACAACAGUGGUGGGAGGACAUUCCACUCCUGUUGACCAGCAACGACCCAGCAGCCACGUGGACAUGGACACAGAUGGGAGAGUGUCAGUGAUGUCAAAUGUGAGCUGCGCUUCUAAAGAUGUGCAUCCUCAUGAUGACAGACUGAAGGAGAAGUUGCACCAGUUCCAAAUCCAGACCAGCCUGGGACGAAAUGGGUCGUUCCGCCAUGCCAUGCAGCCACUAGACCCCUCUUGUUUGCUGACCCCUCCCAACACACCACUGUACACAGAAUUCAGCCAGACAGAGAGCUUGCCAGUCAACGGAAAUCCGAGGAUUACUCAUAAUUCCAGAAAAGGAGUGAAUGGUUUCAUCGCCAAUGGGGUAGAAGUCUCCUCCAGUCACAGCUCAGCAGCUGAUGAUUUCUGUUACGUAUUUGUAGUGGAGCUGGACAAGGGACCAUUCGGACUUGGAAUGGGACUGAUCGAUGGGCUGCACACUCCCCUCAGUUUGCCUGGGAUCUACAUCAGAACUUUAAUACCAGAUGGCCCUGCGGCAUCCGAUGGACGACUGAAUAUUGGAGACAGAAUUUUAGCAGUUAACGGCACAAGCCUUAUUGGAGCUGAUUAUCAGAGUGCUGUGGACCUUAUUCGUCUUGGAGGUGGGAGGCUUCGUUUUUUGGUUGCUAAGUCUGAUAAAGAGGUCUCCGAAAAAAUCAGUGCAUCCUCGUGUUAGGAUGAAGAACAAAUCAUUAUAUGCAAAGCCUUUAACUUACCGGUUUGCUUAAACCACUCUAAGGUUAAGCUUUCAGCUUACCAAAUAAGCAUGGGAGGCUCCAGCACCUGCCAGCAGGAGGUAAUGCUUAAAGACUGAAAGAAGCAUUUCAUGGCAUUUGAAAAAUAUUUUUUGUUCCAUGCUUCCAUGACAGUUCUAAAUAGGUUUCGUCUACAGUUACGAAUCUUUAACAAGGGGAAGAUUUUAUCUGUUAAUAGUUACAUAAAGUGUUAUAAUGAUUAUGCAAAUAUUUUCCACAGUAUUACCAACUUUUCACAUUUACUCACAAGAAAGUCUAUGACUGUUAAUGUCUGUCCCCUGGCUAAGGCUUUACUUUACUUUUUGGACUUGAACACAUGAUUUCCAAUCAAAGCAUAGGUCUAGGACUAUCACAGUUGAUUUAAAUUGUGUGGUAUCAGUCAGUAAUUAAAAUGUUAAUCACACACUGAAGAAAUUUGAUGAUUUGAAAUAUGUGGGAUGUCAAACAAAUUAGAAAAACGAUCUGGACAUGACAAGCUUGUAAAAAGUCAAGAAGGUUAACAAAGAGUGCACACGAGUGUGCUUAUUUAUCUUUCCAUCGCUGAAGUAAAGCUCAGUGACGGAGACAUAUUUUUAAAUUUUGUACCUCAAAAGGAAGUAUCUUUUCCCAAAGCUAAAGUUGCUGAAUGAAGGUAGAAGGAUUACUGAAUGAAGAAAUGGUUCUACCUGUUGGUGACUAAUAUACUGUGAGUCAGAUAAUGUGAUAAACAAACAGUAUGCCAAAGUACUCACUCCUGUGACAAUGUUCUAGCUUUAGGAUCUCUAAGUCAAACUGGUAUUUUUCUUGCUGUGCUGGUCUAAAGUUUAACCUCUGGAUAAUUUACCUAUCCAUUCUGCAAACUUGUAUUAGCUAUCAUGAGACCUUUUUAUUAUUACUGUUUAUUUAUCUGAAGGGCAUAUGCUUCUUAUAACAGUAUUUUUUAUGGUGAAUGAAAAACCAAUUGAGAAAAUUGAAAAAAAUCCUGAUGAAUUACCAAACGUGAAUAUGAUAUAUAGCUAAAUGCCUGGAACACAAACCAUCAAUGAAACCAACUUCAAUAUUUUACACUUACGUGUUUACAUACUUGUAGGUGUUAAGAAACAAUGAGCCUUUUUCACACUUUACUUUUUCUACCCUGAGGCAUCAUCGACAGUUUAAACUCUAUUCCAGUUGUCCUAACGAAUGGCAGAAUGGUGAAUAAAGAGCUUAAACAGUGUCCCUUUUUGUUAAAAAUUUAAAUAAAAACAGUUUGAGUGUUGAAAACUUUCCCACCGAUAAAACAUGUGAAGAAAAUGGAUCUAAGCAAUGAAGAGAUAAAGAACCACAUUCUUUACAUGCCAUGGCAGCAUUUACGUUUGUAAGAGUACAUAAUGAUGCCUUAAAAUUGCUCAUGUGUCUUUCUUAGCUGGAACAACUUUGAUGUCAUACUGGGAAUCAACUUUUUAAAGAGAAAAUGCUCAUCUUGGAGUUAACGUGUGAGAGUCCACCUUGAUGGAAAACAGCACAUCAGGUCCUUUUUCCUAGAACCCAACCAUAUAGCGGCACCUGCUCCUGGUCAGUAGACAGCAUAACAUAACUGCAAUAACAAUAUAAAACAUAUGUUUAAUUGUCGUAUGUUUGUGCAUUUCAUGGCAGGAACUUAUUAACUUGCAUACGACAAAUGCAAAAAAAAUGAUGCAAAGAUAAAUGGUUGCUAAGUAAACCUUGAUCAACAAUAGGUAUUUUAUAAAAUGACAGGUAAAUUUACCUUAUAAAAGUAUACUGACAUCUGUCAAAAAUGGAGCGAGCCAACAUUAAAUAUAAAAAAACAGGUUAGUUGAAAUUGUUAGCAUAAUGACAUAAAGUUAACAAAAGCUUACCUUGGUAAAUAUAAAGGAAUUCCUCCACAAACUUGUUCUAGCCUUCGUCCAGUUUUGACGCUUCUGUUAUGUAGUGCUUUUAAACAUUACUUCUCACAUUAAAAAAAACAAUUAUUGGAAGUGAAAGCAGAAAACUGGAAUAAACACAAUUCAUUACUGUCUAACUAACAGGAAGUAGAUUUUCCUGUCGAUGUGUUAAUUCCGAGUUGUGUGAAAAGGGCUGAUUCACUAAGAAUCAGUGAAGAUAUUUAAAUCUGUUUAAAAUGUUGUAUUAAUAAACACAGUUGUGUUUUUGAAUAUCCAUUGCAUCCCUUCUCCACCCAAUAUUUUAUUUCACUAUUGAAACAAUUAUGUGUGAUUUAAGUAAUAUGCAUAGCUUUCACUAAAUAAAUCAUGAUUGCAGUACGUCUUGUAAUAAAUGAGGUUAGUAAUUACUGUAAGCGUCACUGAAGCUGAAUCAGUCUUUUAGUCUUGUGAAUGUAAAAAAUAGUUUUGUCAGCCAACAAAUAAUCUAAAAGUAAAAAAUAUUAUAGAAAACUAUUAUGCAUUAAAUAUGCAAAUCAAAUUGUAUAAAAUAUUUAUCAUAAUAAUACUUUGUAUCUGGUUCUGUGAUCAACAAUUUAAAAAAAAGAACAUUGUCUUUGACGUAUUACGUGUUAUUGGCUCUCUGUGAGGAUGCAAAUUAACAAAAUCUCCCAGUUUGUAACUGUUGUAUUGAUUUUAUUUUUUCACAAGUUGUAUAGAAGAAAAUCCUGUUGUGUUGAUGUUUGUCAUUUUUAUCAGAAAAUGUAUUUUUAAGAACAUGGCAAUGUACUUCUUUGUAUCAUAAAAAUAAAUGCAGAUUUUUUUCUAGAUUGCUGACUAAAUACA